CAAGUGGGCCGACCUUCCACCACCGGCACCGGCACCAGCACCGGCACCUCCUCCUCCCUGAUCGCGGCUUGUCGGCGCACCCUCUGCUGGUUGGUGCAUCGAUGCGACUGCUCCGAGCGGUUCAUGCAAUCCCUCCUGGUGGAAUCCCCACCCGGUCAGGUCAUCGGUCGUGUUCAACAGGAGUAA